ACACACACACACACACAGGCGAAAAACUGCACACAUAAGACCCAGAUGAUGAACAUUGUGAUAUGUUUGGUUGCUCAUGAGCAAGUUUUUACUGUCAUCGUCAUGCUUUAAAUGAAGUGACUUAUUUUGAAUCAUUGAAUUUUGAAUUUUUUUUUUUAACCAUACCAGAUGUUGCGAUAUUUUGAAUUGGAAUCCCACUCAAGACGAGAAUGCCACUCAUUCAUUCAUGUUGAAAUAACUAUGAAUGCAUUAUAUGUAUAUGUAUAACAAAGAAAUAUAUGUCUUAUUGCACAAUGGGACCUGCAUCCACUCGGUAUUUCUAUAUGUUAGUCCUCCCUAAAUGGGACAUUGUGUGUGGUUUACAUACCGGGAUAGGCCUGUUAAUGCACAUAGGAGGUUCAAUGCAAGAGAUGCCAUUCAAACAGGUGCGAGGAGAGGGAGGCGCAUGUGGGUCGGAGGCGCAACAUCGCGAGCAUCUUUGCUUCUUAAAGGUCGAGCCCAUUGUAUGUGAAACUAUAGUGCCGGUGGUUAGAAAGUAGGUUGAUAGAAACUGAAACCGACGUUUGUUUCCGCGCUUUUGUCUCCACUGAGGUCUGUUUUUUUUUUUUUUUUUUUUGUUCCCGGAGACGAAAAAGACGUUUUACGCACAGGUGGGAGAUGGCCGCCCGGCAUAGGACAGCCCCCCGCUCUGCUCCUCAGCUCAUGAUUUGAGGAAGUGACAUUUAUCACCGCUGCGGUUCGGGACAGCGCUGCUCCGCUGCAAACAGGUGUGCUGCCGUCCGGGUCACUUGAGCAGAGGAACCACCGCGUCCCAGAAGCCGAAUCGAGUACGUGGGGACGGCAGGGGGUCGAAGCAAGAGGAAAGCCGCUCAAGUGUGCUCUUUUAUUAGCCCGGGCUUUGGAUCCAGACGGGGGGAGCGAGAGAGAGAGAGAGCGAGAAGGGGAGGCGAGGGCGAGAAAUGGCAACGAAGAAGGCGUGCGUGGAUGCGCCCAAGAGGAGCCGGAGUCCGGUCGUGUUGGAGGCGGAGAUGUUCAGUGAAUUUCAGGACUGGUGUCUCCGCACUUACGGAGACUCUGGCAAAACAAAGACCGUCACCCGGCGAAAAUAUAACAAAAUCAUGCAGACGUUAUUGCAAAACGACGAGUCGGACGGCGUGUACGUGGACAACAGCCACAUUAACGCCAAAUUCAAAUUUUGGGUGAAGUCCAAAGGAUUUCAGGUGGGGACCAACGUUUUGGGAGAGCACAACAAGAAAGGAGCUCCAGGGAAGCCCGUUCUAUAUGUCCCGGUUAAGUCAACGUGUUCAGACGGCCAUUCGGCCCAGGACAACUCCUCUUUGAAGCGCGUGGCAGUAGUCGAAGACUUCUUCGACAUCAUCUAUGCCAUGCACGUGGAGAUUGGUGCCGACCCCGGCAGGGCGCCGAAACAUGCGGGCCAAAAGAAGACCUACAAAGCGAUAGCAGAGACCUAUGCCUUCCUGCCUAGGGAGGCGGUGACUCGGUUCCUAAUGAGCUGUGGAGAGUGUCAGAAGAGGAUGCACAUCAACCCCAGCACUGCAGAGUUCAAAGAAAAUGAUCGACCAACCUCUCUGGUCCCUGACCUCAUUGAUUACAACAUGCCCCUUACUGCCACCUACCUGAAGCAAAUGAAACUGCAGUGCAUGACAGCCACGGAGAGGGAUGACAGCUCGGUAAGUAGCGAGGACAUGAAUGGUGCUGAGCCUGCAUGGGUCGCAGCUGAGCAGCCGCCAGUGCCUGAGCCCGGUCUGCCAAAUGGAGAGAGGCUCGGCGACCCAGCAGCCACCAUUAAAGAAGAGGACGCAGACGACGACUCCUCACAGGGCAGCAGUGCCAACGGCAUGCCGGCCCUGACCUCGCCAGAGGUGCACCCCGUGGGCGGGAACCCACCAGAGGGCGGUGCCCUAUACGGGGAUGUGACCGAGAACGGGUUGAGUGCUCCCUUGGACUUUAGCACCACCUUGUCCUCGUCCUCCUCGGAUGACCAGCAGCCAGUCAACCUGAGUGACAGACUCCUGCCGGCGGGGUGUUCACCGCAGAAUUCUUAUCCGGCAGACCCAAACAGGAAGUACCCCAUCAAAACAGAGUACUCCAACAAGUCCCCUCCAUACAGCUCAGGAAGCUACGACUCUGUGAAGACUGAACUGAGCAUGUGUGCAGAGGACUUGACCUCCGGCCGUGCACAGAUAGUUGAUGAUGAUGACGAUGAUCAUGAUGACCAUGACGACGCCGAUAAGAUCAAUGACGCAGAGGGAAUGGACCCAGAGAGACUUAAAGCCUUUAAUAUGUUUGUGCGUCUGUUUGUGGAUGAGAAUCUGGACCGCAUGGUACCCAUCUCCAAACAGCCCAAGGAGAAGAUCCAGGCCAUCAUGGAGUCCUGCAGUCGCCAGUUCCCUGAGUUCCAGGAGCGCUCCCGCAAGCGCAUUCGCACCUACCUCAAAUCUUGUCGCCGCAUGAAAAAAAGUGGUUUUGAGAUACGACCGACACCUCCUCACCUCACCUCUGCCAUGGCUGAGAACAUUCUUGCUGCUGCGUGCGAGAGCGAAACCCGAAACGCGGCCAAGAGGAUGCGGCUUGAUGUCUACCCAGCGGACGAGCCUAUCUCUGUAGACAAGCCCAGCACAAGGGAUCCUGCAUCUGUGGCCCCGUCAAGCUUCGCCAUUUCCAGCACAGCUUUUGCCCAAGACCAGCUCUACACCAACGGAGGCCUCAACUACAACCUGCGGGGAUACGGAACAGUCAGCAGCAACCAACAGAAUGCUGCUGCUGGGGCCCACACCAACGGUCCAACAGACCUGAGCAUGAAGUCCAUCGCUCCAAACUCCUCCUCCUCUAGCUCCAACAGUCAUGGUCAGGGAGGCGGCGGGGGAGGAGCUUCGGCCCAGCUCAGCCCUCCAGAGGUCACGGCAGUGAGGCAGCUCAUCGCUGGUUACCGGGAGUCCGCGGCUUUCCUGCUUCGCUCGGCGGACGAGCUGGAGAACCUGAUCCUGCAGCAGAACUGAGCUUGAGCCCACCCACAAUGCAGCCUGUGCGUCUACAUAUGUAAAUAUGUCACGCUGACAUGCAAUUCUUGGACCGACACAAACAGACAGGAGUGGUUCUGCCAAGCACGGCGGGUCCUGUAAAGUACCUUUACUCAACCCACGCAAAUUAUUUAUGCAUUCGGUUCCCUUUGACCUCAGUGCUCUGUCUUGCUUUCGCCACCGCAACCCCCAUUUGUCUCAGGAAGUGAUAAUCUGUAUGGAAAAAAACUAGUGGAGUAUUGCAAGAAUUCAAUUCUCAUUGUCGUGCUAAGGUUUGCCAUUGUUAUGUUGUCACACACACAUGUAAAAUAUCCUGUACAGUGACGCGGUUUGAUUGGGUGAUCUACUCCGUAUUGAUACUACAUUUAUAAAUGUUUCCAAAAAUAAUGACUUCGCAUCGGGAAAAAAAAAAAAUUACAUUUUGGACCAUUUUAGUAGUCUCUUUAAACUGUGUGGUCGAAAUAUUACCUCGUAAGACUCACGACCUGAACAUGCCUGGAUGGGUACUGACUAGGAAGCCUGAGUAUGAGCUCAUACGAGGUCACAAAAACCUGUCAGGGAAAAGUAAAAAAAAAAAAAAAAGAAAGAAGAGAUUAAUAUAUUGUUUAAUGUCAGCAGAGGAAGGUGCAAUAUUGAUGAUAA